UCGAGCGGAGCGGAGUAGUCACGCUCGGCGAGCCCGAGGCUCAGGCUCGAGUGUUGCACACUGGCAGUGCCCAGUCUCCGGGUUAACGCGGAUUUAAACACUCGGUGCCGUCAGCUAUGACUGAAUCGAAAAGAGAAAAUCUAACGCGUAACCGAUCGACGACGAGUGGCGCAAAUACGUCCGCGAGGCGCGAUUGAUUUCGAGUUUAGCGACGACCGUCUCUCUUUCUCUCUUUCUCUCUUGGUUCAUCUCUACAGCUCCAAUUAACUGAAAUUAAUGUUGUAUAAUUCUAGCUGUAAUAGGCGUGUCGUAAAAAUAAUAUAGUUAUUUAAAAAAGUGGGGAGGAACAAAAAAGAAUUGCUUCGCGUGGAACUAAUCGCAUCAGGUGCGAGUGUAUGUGAGACAGAAAUUUUUGGUUUGAUGUGCUAAACUUUGAGAAAAAAUACAAAAGAGUGAAUACGGGACAAAACGAUAGUGUAGAAAGAAACGAAGAAAAAGAUAAAUAAAAACACCGCAGUGGGGAAAAAAAGCGCGAGGAAUUGUGAUUUUAAAAAGAAACGGAAACGCAAAGCGCCCUUUGCAAAAGAGAUUUCUUUUUACUUUGACUUAAUUGGAACGUACAAUUAAAAUUUGUUGGACGGACCGAAAUGGCAGGAGCCAUUCCACUUUUUGGCAACUACUCUUCGGACGCUGUGACCAGACUCGCAGUAGAACGCGGCGAUCGUUGCAAGGAAGGCCGCAGAGGGAUGUGGCACUUGAUCUUCUUGUUAAUCGGCAGCGCGAUGGCCGGCGAGUCCGGGCCGGAGUCGUCGCCGGAAUUCCCCGACACGACGAUCAAAAUCGAAGCACCGCUACCUUACGAGGAGGCGUUUCCGACUCCGCUUCCUGGUCUGCUGUAUCCCAGAGAAAGUGAAUCCCGAGAGGUAAGAUCGCUCGAUGGAUUAUGGGAUUUCGUCGUAUCGCCUGAAGGAGAUGCGUUAAAAGGUUACACGGAAGGAUGGUUCAACGAUGAUUUAUCGAAGUUCGGCGAGAUGAUGAAGAUGCCAGUACCCUCGUCCUAUAAUGACAUUACGACAUCGCGAAACCUCAGAGAUCAUGUCGGUGCUGUAUGGUACCAGAGAACCUUCUUCGUGCCCUUCUCUUGGCGAGACCAACGCGUUUUCGUCAGAUUCGGCUCGGUCCACUAUCUCGCACAAGUGUGGGUGAACAAUGCUUUGGUGACUAAUCACGAGAUGGGCCACCUGCCCUUCGAAGCGGAGAUCUCGUCGUACGUAACCUUCGGUGGAAAGAACCGCAUUACCGUUGCAGUGGACAACACUCUGCUGCAAACUAGCGUACCCCAGGGUAAGAUCGUGGAGGUGAUCACCGACAACGGCACCACACACUUGCAGACCUAUACCUUCGAUUUCUUCAACUAUGCCGGUAUACACAGGCCCGUUUUGCUGUACACCACUCCGCGCGUCUACGUCGAGGACAUCACAGUGAGGACGAGUUUGGUUGGCGAUAUGGGAAUUGUCAAGUACAUUAUACAGCCGGCUGGUUUACGCGAAGGAGAGAUACCCAUCUGCAGAGUCACGUUGCACGAUGCUGAACAUACCUUAGCCAUCAAGGAGCCUGUUUAUGGACUGUCCGGUACUCUGAAGGUCCCACUCGCCAGACUCUGGUGGCCUAGAGGCAUGGACCCCAAGCCAGGAUAUCUAUAUACAUUAGAGGUAGGACUGUCGUUGGUUAACGUCACGAAACCGGACAUCUAUCGAUUACCAAUUGGCAUCAGGACACUCGCGUGGACCAAUACGAGUCUCCUGUUGAACGAUCGACCGGUGUACAUGCGUGGCUUCGGCAGACACGAGGACUCGGCUAUCAGAGGACGAGGUUUCGAUCUCGUCACUGCUGUCAGAGAUCACGAAUUGCUUCAAUGGGUCGGUGCUAACGCCUACAGGACCAGCCACUAUCCUUAUAGCGACGAGGUCCUUGAUAUUGCCGAUAGAUUAGGUUUUCUCGUCAUCGACGAAUGCCCUUCCGUUGAUACGGAGAAUUAUUCGCCGUCGUUACUCUCGCGUCACAAGGAUUCGCUGUCGGAGCUCAUCCGCAGAGAUAAGAAUCGACCCUCCGUAAUUAUGUGGUCCUUGGCCAACGAACCGAGGACCCAAUUGCCCCAGGCCGAAGAAUACUUCAAGCAGAUCGCCCAUCACACCAAAGCGAUCGAUCCUACCAGGCCGGUCACUAUUGCUCUGGCUCGUGGAGUGCAGGAGGAUAAAGCUGGUCAAUUUCUCGAUGUGAUCAGCUUCAAUCGUUACAAUGCCUGGUAUAGUAACGCCGGCAGAAUGGAUAUGAUCACUGACAGGGUUCAAGGGGAAGCUGAGGCCUGGCACAGAAAAUAUAACAAGCCGGUACUUAUGUCGGAGUAUGGCGCCGAUACUAUGCCCGGUCUACAUGAGCUACCGGAAUAUGUAUGGAGCGAGGAGUACCAGAAGGAAUUACUCUCUAGACACUUUGCGGCCUUCGAUCGAUUACGACACGAGGGCUUUUUCAUUGGUGAAUUCAUUUGGAACUUUGCCGAUUUUCGUACCGCACAAACUUAUACGAGAGUGGGCGGCAAUAAGAAGGGAAUCUUUACAAGAGACAGACAGCCGAAAAUGGCAGCCCACCACGUUAGAAGAAGAUACCAUGCUCUCGCAAUCGAAUUGGAUGGCGCGCAGACACCAGAAGACGUUGAAGAUUAUAUUUCAUCCUAUUAUUCUCAACACUCAGAACUUUAACUAAAUUUAAAAAGAGAAAAAAUUGGAGUGCGAGAAUUGUUUCGCAAAAUCUUAAUUCUUGAUAAAACUGCAUUUCGUUUUAUACAUUAAUACAUAAAAGUCGCAUCAGUAACUUAAUACAGUUAUUCACCUAAUGUAUGUAUAUUCAUGAAACCAUGUGUGCCCACGAGGUAAAUAUAAAUUCUUCAUUUAUUCAUCUAAUCUCUCGUUCACGUUCGUAUAAAAAAAAAUACUUUACAUUAUCUUUGCAUUUCCAUCUGGCACAAAUUUUUAUAUUCCGUAUACUCUUACAAUGUACAUAAAUAUUUAAAUAAAAAAAAACCACUUUCCGUCU